GCCGAAAUUUAACUUAAUCCGACUUUUAAAAUGUAAUUGGAUUCACUGAUCCAAUAUUUCAUUGUCUGAAAUAAAUUACUUUGCAUUAGAGUGUUUUUGAGGUCGAUCGUGACGCUUUUUUUGUGCUGUCACGUGACCAGUUUCAUUUUCCGCCCGCCAACCGCCGAAGCAGGGAGGGGUUGUGUGAAACUUGCCAUCUCGUUCCUCCAACGACUCGUCUUCGUUUCAACACUUUUAUCGUCCAUAUCGGGGUCCUCGUAUGGUUGUAGACCCAACAUGACUCGUCCCCCUCCUGAUCCAGUAUUUGUCCUGCGUGGUUCAGAUGGUGCAGUUAACUGCCUCAAGUUUCGCUGUCACGAGGCAGAUUCUCUCAGACUCUUGUUUUCUGGCACAGCCAGUGGGAAAAUCCACCCCUGGAACCUGCAGACAAAACGGAGUGCGUGUGUACUUGACGGGCAUGAGGGCCAGGGUAUCCUGUCCUUAGGUUUUUGUGACAACACAGUGCUCUAUAGUCAGGGCCGUGAUGGGACAGUGGCACUUUGGGAUCUGAAGGAAGGACGGAAGGAUAUUUCUGACAGGAUUCCAGUGUCUGCUGUGGGCUUCUGUCAGGUUGAGUUAUUUAAUCAGAGCUCCAGUAGACUGUUGGCUGCUGCAGGAGUGGGGCCAGCAGAGAUAAUAGUGACAGAUCUCCAGUGUAAGAAGCCAGCCUUUUCUUUACAGCCUACAGAAGGGUCUCCUCCGCAGGGGAUGGUUAUGGCACUCAAGGCAGGCUGUGUGUCUGACAGGGAAGGCUUGCAUCUUUGGGCAGCAUACGAGGACGGAAGCGUUGCAAUGUGGGAUGUAAAACAAAGAAGAAUUGUCAGCCACCUGAAAGUGCACGCAGAGCCAAUUCUCUGCAUGGAUUAUGACCAGGAGCAAGGCAAGGGAGUUACUGGGUCAGCUGACAACAAACUUGCUGUAUGGAAUGGCAAAGAUGGACAACUUGUGGCCAAGCAGACUGUGGAACGCAGUAACCCUGGUUUGUCGUGUGUGAAAAUAAGGGAUGACCACAAAAUAGUGGUAACGGGGGGCUGGGAUCACGUGAUACGUCUGUAUGGAUGGAAGAAGCUGAAGCCUCUGGCUGUACUAGACUACCAUACGGACAGUGUUCAGUGUGUGGACUUCUCUGAUCAUGAAAACUCUGAGGAAAGGUUGCUAGCUGCAGGAUCAAAAGACCAGAGAAUCAGUCUGUGGUCUAUAUAUAAUUAGGAAAAAUUUUAUAAAAACAACAUGGAUUAAACAGAAUCUAGCCUUUAUUGUUCAUCUCAAGUGGGCAAGGAUGUUAUAUAAAAGUUUCAUAAUAAACCUUCAUCAUAACUCUUCUCCUAUCCUGCCACCGACAGACAGACAGGAUGAUGAUGAUGACCGACAGAUUUGGGCAAUUUUGGUCCUCUGUAUAUUGUAGAAGGAUUGAAUAAAGAGAUGUUGGAAUCCAGAAUGUCCUCUGCCUUGCAGUAUGUCUAUAAUUGAUUGUUAUAUGUUGCAGCUGCAACAAAUGUCUGUAAAAUGCUAUGGUAAAUUAUGGCUGAUAAUGAGGAUACAGUUCAUUACAAGUAAGUUAAAGUUCUUCAUUUCACUUAUACACUGUAGUGUCUAUUUAUAUACUGUAGUGUGAGUAGAAUAAUUAUGUGACUGAAUGAGUUAUACAAUGUAGUUGAAGAAUGAUCAUCUAACUCUGCAUUGAUGUUUUA